UCAAAAAGAUUAGUCUCAAAAUUACAAAAUAUGUAACAUAAUUCACGUAAACCCGCAUCAAAACAACCUCAUGCUCAACCUAAACCCUGUGCUUACAUAAAACUAAAAGGAAAUUAUAUAAAAGCCAAAUAUGGAUUGAAAACUGUUACCUAACAUCUGUUAGCGUAAAUGGUCUUAAUAAUAAAUAAAUUAGUGUAUGAGACAGCCUUGAAGGCCGUCAAUGAGUUGAACCAGUGUAAGCCGCCUCGGGGGCACCACGGAAGUUGAUUUGGUCCUGACAUAAUACCAUUUAAGUAUGGGUAACGAUAGGGACUUUUUCCGCGAUACUAAAGUGCGGUAUUUAGGCUAUGCCAACGAGGUCGGCGAGGCGUUCCGGCCGCUGGUCUCCCGCAACUUGGUGAACCUCAGCUACAAGGUGGCCGGGGCUUAUGUGCUCGCUGACACUGCUGACAAGAGUUUGAAGAUGUUAUGGAGGGACGGUAAAAUCUCGAGCAUGAUUCUUGGCACCGGCGACGCCCUGAUCUGGCAGACCCUGGCCUCCAUCGUCAUCCCCGGAAUCACCAUCAACAGGAUCGUCUUCUACACAGGCCGAGCCCUGAAAGGUAAACAGGUGCCCCCAGCAGUGCAGCGGUACGCUCCUGUGGUAGUCGGUCUGGCCUGCAUUCCCAUUAUAGUCACUCCGAUCGACCGGGCAGUUUCCAUGUUCAUGAAUGCCACUUACAGACUUAUCUUUGGACACCAUCAUUAAACUACAUACAUCUGUGCA